UUCAGACACAAAAAAAUGAGCAAUUCAUAUCUAUUGCGAAUUUCUCUAAACGCACUUAAAUACAAGUGCGAUGAGAUUGCGUAACUUUAUACAAUGAUGAUUUUCGGCUGCGUACAAUGAAAUGCGAAAUAUUUAUGAUAACGUACAAUGAAAAUGCGUAGAUUGACCGGAAAGUUGUGCGUCAAGAAAAUAUCAUUACGCUUGAAGUGGACACUAAGUGGUGUAGCUGUCCUUGGACUAAUAAUGGUGGCAGGAAGAAGAACUCUGUCGACAGGAAGUAACGUGCUCAGAUUUCCUGCCAUAGGUGUGAUGCAGGCAGGCAGAGAUCUACUUAAUCUUCCAGCAGGAAAUAACGAGAAUCCUGUUCCCUUGCAAUCAGAAUGGAUAACCGGACUCAGCAGUCAAGGGUUUUUAAGUGUCAAUAACAUUUUGAAAGACCCUAAAACCACCCAGGAACCAAACCAUAAUCACAUUGAAAAUAAUGAUUUUCAGGUCAAAAAUCAUUACCAAGACAUACUAGAUACAAGUGAUUUUGAAGAUAGCAUUGAAUUUGAAAAUGCUGGAGACAACGAGGAAAGUGAUAUACAUGAAAAAAGAGGCAUUGUGCGUGAAUCUGAAAAUUUUCUUGACGAGAGAAAUUACUUUUCACGAAGUGAUCUAAAUCCUAGUCUUUCAGUUGACAAAACUAAAUCCUUAUUAAUUGACUCGAAGUUAAAAAUCAAAAAUGAUUCGUUAAAUCCACCAAAGAAGAUCCUGGAUGAAAAUGCGGGAAACACAGUUCCUCGAAUCAAGAGUGAUAUUGCGCUUGCAAGGGGGGAACAGAAUAGUCCUGAUUUUAAGCAUGUCAUGCACUACAAUCAUCACUUUGUUCCACACAUAACCAAGGAUAUUUACAAGCCUGGAUAUCUGGUUUCUAACCACCAACUCUGUGAUUCUCCAAUAAACCAGACAAAUUUGACCGACAGGUCUCCUGUCGUGCUGGUCAUUCUGGUGAUUUCUGCGCCCGGGCAUACAGCAGAAAGACAGGGGAUCAGGAAAGGGUGGGGAAGACAUAAACAUCGGGAAGAUGUUGUUUUUGCAUUUCUGAUUGGGCUCCCCGGGACGGAUAAGGAGUUGGAGUCGCUGGUGCAGGAGAACCAGAAGUACGGCGACAUCAUUAUCAACAAGAACGAGGAUGUUUAUGAAAACCUGAGUUUAAAAUCACUGUCAGGGCUGGACUGGUUUAAACAGUUCUGCUCCCAUGCCAGGUUUUUGUUAAAAGUUGAUGAUGAUAUGUAUGUACAAGUUGACAGGCUGAUAAGACUUCUCAAAUCCAAGAAACAAAAUGACAGGUUAAUUUUGGGAAAUAUAUCUCGGGGAUGGAAACCUGUCAGGAAUCCUAAAUCUAAAUAUUUCAUCACUCCACAACAGUAUUCUGAGGAUGUCUACCCAGAUUUUGCCACCGGACCAAGCUAUGUUAUAAGUGGAAACACAGUCAGUUCUUUGUUCUCUAGUUCUAUGGAAAAGAACUAUCUUCACCUUGAGGAUGUGUUUGUAACUGGUGUACUAGGAGAGCUGAACACAGUACAGAGAAUUCAUGUACAAGAAUUUAAAAACAACGCUGUUAGAAUUCCCGUAAGGUUCAUGGGCUGUACAAUAAUGCAUACAAUUACAAUACAUAAGGUGCUACCAGAAGAACAAGAAGAAUUUGAAGAAAUGGCCAGCCAUCCUGUAUGUGGGGCAAAAAAUCCAGUCCGAAUUUGAUCAUUUCAAAAGACAAUUAUGAUAUUUAGAAAUAAAUUUUGAGAUUUAAAAUCCCUCUCUUGUUAUAACCAUAUCAAUAAAUUAAAGUUUUGUGA